GAGUGAUCUGAUACGGACUACACCCAGCCGCCGCCUCACUGCCCUGGCUUUCUUUGCUGCCCCAGCCUUCGCGUUGGUCAACGUCGAAGUGUGGGUUGGAUUGGAGACUCUAAAUUUGCCUGGAGAUAUCGUUCACCUUCCCAACUCUGUCUCUCUUUUUUUGGUAACAUUACCCGCAAAGCUAUAGUCUUUUUUUAUAUAUAAAUUUAUAGCGUCAGUUUCUUGAAUAUGUCUUGGCAAAGCUACGUGGAAAACCUGAUGGCCGAUGGCAGCUGUCAGGAUAGCGCCAUUGUUGGGUAUACAGACGCCAAAUAUGUUUGGGCAGCGCAUGCCGGUGGUACAUUCAACAAUAUCACGUCUCAGGAAAUUGAUGUCCUCGUCGGAAAGGACAGGGAGUCGUUUUACACAAAUGGUCUCACCCUGGGCUCAAAGAAGUGUUCUGUCCUUAGAGACAGCCUCCAGGAUGAUGGCGACUGGACGAUGGACAUCCGGACAAAGAGCCAGGGAGGAGAACCUACAUAUAACAUUUCUGUAGGCAGAGCUGGAAAAGUAUUGGUUUUAGUCAUGGGAAAGGAGGCGGUCCAUGGUGGAAAUCUUAACAAGAAAGCACAUGCAAUGGCUGAGUACCUGAGGAAGUCUGGAUACUAAGCAACCUCGCCACCCCAUUGGUCAACUUAGCAGCUCACUCCCACUCACCGUAUUGUUGACACUACUUCCAGGAUUUAGGUGGCAAACAGUGUUACUUCCUACCCAGUCUCCUUUUAUACACAGUCUUUUGUUGGCUAAACUCCCUCAUCCACUUUUUAUUUUAUUUUAUUUUUUGACCUCCCUUUAACAUUGUUUAUCAUGAUUUUGACACUACAGUUAUGGCAUGUUUAUCAACCAAACAUGUUUUAAAGGAAGAAGAAGAAAAAAAGCUAAAGUGCAUACUUAAAAGUGUAAAAUAAAUUUGGACUCCUAACGUAAACUGACUUGUUUUCUCUGUACACAUCAAUAUACAUAUACCUUUUUGUUAAGCAUUAUUAAAAACAUACCUCUAAAAAAUGUUUUCCAGUAUUCAGCAUGCAGGCAUUAUGGAAGUUGCAUGUUUGCGCUUUAUCACAGCAAACUCAGCCCUGUUUCUCCCAUGUCCUUCCACAGUACUUCAGCCAAACCAUCUGUCAUGCCUUUCUCUUAAUAUCCUAUUGUUUCUUCUUUUUUUUUAAGACAGAUUUCCCCUAAUUGGCCACCUUCUGUUUCUUUUCUUUUACCGUCCAUUACCAGAUUUUUGUUUUGCUAUUGUACCUGAAUGUGGUCUUAAAGUAACUGAUGUGGCGUUGGGCUGUUUUUUGAGUGUAACGUAAGGUUAGCAUUACACCGAUUUUAUCAUUUUUGAUCCCAUCUUGGAGUCUCAGUGGACAUUUCAUCUCUUGGCAGUUGAGAUGGGGCCAAUUCUCUCCUGCCAUUUGUACAUUUUUGCUGUAAAAAUAAAAACACUACACCUUUGUGAGCUCGCCCUCCCAUGUGGACCAACUUCCAUAAGAGAGGUACUUUAGCUUAUUAGAGGCAAUUGUUGGCUGCCUGGAAACCACCGAGAUGACUUCAGAUGACUGUAAAACAUGUAAUCGCUUCUUUAGACUUCAACACUAAAAUGUUUCCUCACUAACUGACUUCUUGCUAACUUUAAUGUGCAUUGAUUACUACAAAGGCAAUGUCAUUUUUACUACAGUGUGAAUGCAUUUAGACUGUACACCGAGGCUGCUGGGCUCCAACACCUUGGGAUUGUUUUUUGCCUUGUGCUUUAGUCAUCAAAGUGUAUUCACAACUUGUCAUAGUAUGGUACCUAGAAAUAUAUUAAAAACAAUGCUGUGUACACUAAACAUUGAAAAUGAUGUUGGUUGGAAUAAGAACAUUUGUAAGUUGUCUUGUGGUUUCUUUUUUUUUUUCUGAAAAAUGACUGUAUUCUGUGCCAUAAAAUUCAAUUUCUGAUCUGAUAAUAUGAGUUGGAUUUGUACCUGCUGCCCAAGCAAGAAGUAACUUUAAAUGGCACUUAAGGGAUAUUUUGGCAUUGGUAAUCUCCAGACUUUGUGGGAUCUGUACAGAAUUAAAACAAAGCAAAAGUUUGGAA